CCCGAGUGGCCGCGGGCCGCCCGGGGGGGGGGGGGAGGCGCCCGCGGAUGUUCGCGGCGGGGUGGCGGCACACGGCGCUGCUGCAGAGCGACGGCAAGGAACGAUCACGGCCAGUGCGACCUCCCGGCGCUGGCCGCGGGCCUGACCUACACUCAGGCUGCCGCAGGAGGAUGCCACACUGUUCUGCUCAGGAGCGACGGCAAGGCCGUGGCGUGCGGCCGGAACGAUCGCGGCCAGUGCGACCUCCCGGCGCUGGCCGCAGGCCUGACCUACACUCACGUUGCCGCUGGAGACGGCCACACCGUUCUGCUCAGAAGCGAGGGCAGGGCCGAGGCUUGCGGAGAUAAUGAAAAUGGCCAGUGCGACCUCCCAGCUCUGGCCGCAGGCCUGACCUACACACAAGUCGCUGCUGGAGAUGGCCACACUGUUCUGCUCAGGAGCGAUGGCAAGGCCGUGGCCUGCGGCUGGAAUGAUCGUGGCCAGUGUGAUAUUCCAGCGCUGGUCGUGGGCCUGACCUACACGCAAGUUGCCGCGGGAGCAUACCAUACGCUUCUGCUCAGGAGUGAUGGCACGGCUAUAACAUUCGGCUGGAAUAAUCAUGGUCAGUGCGACCUCCCGGCGCUGGUCAUGGACCUGACUUACACACAAGUCGCCGCUGGAGACGGCCAUACGGUUCUGCUCAGGAGCGACGGUACGUCCGUGUCAUGUGGCUUGAACAGGCAUGGCCAAUGUGACGUUCCCGCGCUGGUUACUGACCUGACCUACACGCAGGUUGCUGCUGGAGACGCGCACACAGUUCUGCUCAGGAGCGAUGGCACAGCUGUGGCCUGUGGCGGCAAUGACUUCGGCCAGUGUGACGUCCCGACGCUCUUCCGGGGCUUGACGUACACGGCUCACUUCUUGCCAGCGCUGGUUUUGCAGGCGUUGGUCGACGGCGAUUCGAUACUCUUCGUGACCCUCGGUGGGCUGGGGCGCUGCCGAGUCUGGGCAGGGUCGACCGCUCGUCUUGCGGACAUCUACACCCAGUUGGUGGCGCAUCAUCGCGCGGGUGGUUUUGGCUGUGGAGUCGCACGAGUGGACGCUGUCCUGCCGGGAGAGCGGCUUCUGAGCCGUGUGCUGCCUGGGCAGACCGUCGCGAGUAUGUUCGGGCCAGGUCAGCCGACCUGA